ACUACGACAUUUUUUGAGUUGCGGCUAUCGACAUGCCUAAAAUAUUGUCUGCUAAGCUCGACUCUGGAUCCACAUCGGGCACUCCUUUUGGAGGCAGCCAUCCCAACGUACUCAAAAGAAAUCAAGCGUGUCACCAAUGCCGCAAGCGAAAACUGAACAGUGACGCUAACAAACCAUGUUCAACUUGUGUGAGAUCUCAUGCGCACUCCGUAUCUCAUGCGCCGGCUGGUGUGAUCCUCCCGGAGCAUCCUGAGUGCACAUAUGACGAUGUGCCUGGAAACAACGGGGUCCAGGAGCAGCCUAAGAAUCGGUAUGAAAGACUGGAGAACAGAAUCAGCGAUCGUACCUCCUUGAUGUCAGUGCCCCUUUCGAAUGGAUCCUCUUCGACUACCCCCUCUGAGCAGUUCAGCCCACAAUCUACAUUGAAACCUCCAGAGAACACCACCCCAUUCACGCCAUUCAAUUUCGAGAACACUCUCGAUUCUUUUUCUAACGAUCCAGACCGCUCUGCAAACCAAUCUUCUACACCGAGAGUGGCGUCUGCUACGGCCGUCGACGCUUACAGCACAUUAGCACCCGACACGGAAGGAGUUGUCGACUCGACACCCACUGGACAGUUUGAUUAUGACGUAUUUUGGCCUGCCUGGCCACGCAACCUCCCCCUACCUAAUAUGCUUCGUCAUCUGGUUGAGGUCUUCUUCGGAUUUCAUCCGCAUGCCGGCAGACUGUUCCAUAGUCCCAGCUUCAUGGCCUCUCUUUCUCUGCCUCCGUCACACCCUAAAUUUCCCAGUACCGCAGUGCUGCACGCCAUCUGUGCUGUCGGAAGUCUGUACACCGCUUCGAUCAUGCCGUCAGAUUUAGCCAUGCUAUGUUCGCCACUACCAGAUGAACUCUUCAGUGAGAGAUACAAACCCAAGGAGCAUGUAGAUUCAUUUGCAGAGCAACAAGUCAAAUUUGCCAAGCAGGCUAUUGACGAACAGAUCAGUGUCGGGAGCCAUCUAUUGGAGUGCGUGCAAGCUCAGAUCAUCCUUACUUGGUGGUAUUGGUGUCAUGCAAACAUGUUGCAGGUAUUUUUGACAAGUGCCAAUGCGUUACGAGCAGCAGUCCCACUCGGGCUGAAUGCGUGCGCGCCGUUUCAUACCAUCUCGGAAACCGUCAACGCUCCAUCUCUACUGCCUCCCGCCCAAGAUGUCAUCGAGGACGAGGUCAGAAGAAAUACCUUCUGGUUGGCGUAUGCAUUAGAACGUCAACACGGGUGCAGUAAUGGUUGGGCUCUCAGUUUAGACGACCAGGACGUAACACAGCUGUUACCUGUAAAAGGUGACCAGUUCGACCUAGGUACUAUGCCAUCACCCAGCGAACGACAAUGGGCGCAUUCCAAAGAAGUCCUCCUUGUACAUCCAGAAGAUCAAACAGAUUCCUUCAACUUGUAUAUCAAGGGAACGAUACUUCUUUCCAUGGCUAAGGGGUUUAACAUUCGAUUUCGGUCGAAACGAUAUGUCGGUGACCCAUCGGUAGCUUACCAUCCAAGUUUUUCGAAUACGUGGGAGGAACAAAAACAUGACGGGGUGGAUAAGGAGUUGAUGGCAGACCCUCGACGCACACCGGCGUUCAUUGAACUCGACCGUAUCGCGACAUCGUUCAGGCAGACCUUCCCUGCGCAUCUAAGAAACCCUAUGCCGGAUGGUGUUGUCGACUCACAUCUAUACACGGCAUGUUUGAUACCACACCUCGCCAUUAUUCUUCUACACGACCCGCACGCGCAUGUCGGCAGUUCAGGCUGUGUCUCAGCAUUCAAGAUUCUUGAAGCAUCCCGUGCGAUUCUGGAUCUCAUAUACUCGGUACAGUCUACGAGUUACGACAUUAGCCUGCUGGAUUUUUUCGUCACAUUUUGUUGGUUCAUGGCAGGGCGAGUACUGGUUCGAUUUUGGACUGCUGCCCAAGAAGCAAAAUCUGAAGAGCAGAUUAUAACGCUUCGCGCUGAAGUUGAAUACAUCGCUUCUGCCAUUGGUAAGUUUGGCGAACGCAUCCCCUUGGCUAAACGCUACUCUCGCAUGCUCAACGAGAUUGCUACAAAAACCUGUGGGGAGAAAAUAUUUAUCAUUUAAAACCUAUGUCUCCAUCAUAUGAUCCAUCUUUUCGCUAAGCUUUCGGAAAGUGGAUGUUUUUGUCUUUUCUCGCGACUCACCCCUCUAAUUGGGCUUCAUACGUCUUCGUUGUAUUGUAUUAGUAUCGUAUCACUAGGCAUGCCCUUAAAUGCUAGUCUUUUGUACCAGACG